GACAGGGGGAGUGUUGCCAUGAACUGACUGGAAACUCUGUGUGUAUCGUUGAGUGCAAGAUACUUCGGGAACGCGGAGAGCAUGCACCUUGGCUUCUGCCUUCCGCUACCAGCGGUGUGUCUGUUUCUGGAUCCAAGUGACUGAUGACAAACAGUCCUCAAGUCUGGAGGGAGAUUCCCUUUCAGCUCACUUGCCUUUCAGUUCUGGGGAAACUAGAAGAUUUGUGCACUCCCUCUGCUUCCUAGAAUGGGCUGCAACUUGUGCACUUUUCAGAAAAGAGAGGAACACUACAAACUGCUGUACGAAGUUUCCCAGGUCAAUGGCAAGGAUCUCUCAAAGGCCACCCAUGAAGAGGCAGUGGAAGCUUUUCGAAGCGCCAAGGAGCCCAUAGUGGUCCAGGUAUUAAGGCGGACUCCCCUCAGCCGACCGACAUACAGCAUGGCCCCGGAAGUACAACUCAUGAAUGCCAGUACUCAGACAGACAUUACUUUUGAACACAUCAUGGCCCUGGCGAAGCUUCGACCACUCACCCCUCCCGUGCCAGACACCUGUCCAUUUCUGCUUUCAGACAGCUGCCAUUCCCUUCAUCCAAUGGAGCAUGGAUUUUAUGAAGACCACGAGUACGUUUCCAGCUUGCCCGCGGAUGCAGACAGAGCGGAAGACUUUGAAUAUGAGGAGGUUGAGCUGUGUCGUGUUAGCAGUCAAGAGAAGCUGGGCCUGACAGUCUGCUACCGAACCGAUGAUGAAGAGGACACGGGCAUUUAUGUCAGCGAGGUUGACCCAAAUAGCAUCGCUGCCAAGGAUGGCCGGAUUCGAGAAGGGGAUCGUAUUUUACAAAUAAAUGGAGAAGACAUCCAGAACCGGGAAGAGGCUGUGGCUCUGCUCUCCAGCGAUGAGUGUAAGAGAAUUGUGCUGCUCAUCGCCAGGCCCGACAUGCAGCUGGAUGAAGGCUGGCUGGAAGAUGAAAGGAAUGAAUUCUUAGAGGAGUUAAACUCGGAGAUACUGGAGGAGGAAUGUACUGAAGGAGCACAGUGCACAGCCAAUGAGCUGCAGCAGCCAAAGAAGCAGGAGGAAGAAGAAGGCACAACAGACACGGCCACCUCCUCUUCCAACAACCAGGAGAAGGACAGUGGUGUGGGGCGCACAGACGAGAGCUUGCGAAAUGAUGAGAGUUCAGAACAGGAGAAUGCAGGGGAGGAGCCCCACAGCACACCACUGAAGAGCAAGAGAGAGCUGGGGCAGAGCCAAGACACCCUGGGGAGCAUUGAGCUUCAGUGCAAUGAGAGCUGUGCCGGGGGUGAGUGCUUAGACUGUGCCAGCAACCAGGAGGUGUGUGAAGGAUUCCAGCAGCUGUUGGAGCUUAAGAUUCGAAACCACGGAGAUUAUGACCUGUACUACUCAAGCAGCAAGAUCGAAUGCAAUCGAGGGGAACAGGAAGGGGUGGAGCACGAGCUGCAGCUGCUUAAUGAGGAGCUAAGAAACAUUGAGCUAGAGUGCCAGAAUAUCAUGCAAGCUCACAGGCUCCAGAAAGUGACGGACCAAUACGGAGACAUCUGGGCAUUGCAUGACGGGGGAUUCCGAAAUUACAACACCAGCCUGGAUGUGCAAAGGGGGAAACUGGAUGACAUCUUAGAACAUCCAGAAAAGUCAGACAAGGACAGCUCCAGUGCGUACAAUACCGCUGAGAGCUGCAGAAGCACACCGCUGACUGUAGACAGGUCCCCGGACAGUUCCCUUCCGAGAAUGAUCAACCUCACCAAUAAGAAAAAUCUGAGGAGCAUAAUGACAGCCCAGCAGUCCCCUUCCAGACAGAGCACCAGGGAAUACACAUCUACCAAAGUCAAGACCACCGAUGAAGGUUGCAACGUGGAAAGCUUGGAGAAGAGUCAAGAAAACAGCCAGCUUCCGGAUCAGGAGCACACAGUCAGUGAGCACACUCCAUACCUCUCUCCUUACCACAGCUCCUCCUACAGAUACGCCAACAUUCCGGCGCACGCCCGGCAUUAUCAAAGCUACAUGCAGUUAAUUCAACAGAAAUCUGCCGUGGAGUAUGCCCAGAGUCAGCUCAGCUUGGUGAGUAUGUGCAAAGAAUCACCAAGGGGCUCAGAGCCCAAGAUGGAAUGGAAGGUAAAAAUUAGGAGUGAUGGGACCCGGUACAUAACCAAGAGGCCAGUGCGAGACCGACUUCUGAAGGAACGUGCCUUAAAGAUCAAGGAGGAGCGGAGUGGCAUGACCACAGAUGACGACACGAUGAGUGAGAUGAAAAUGGGGCGCUACUGGAGCAAGGAGGAGAGAAAGCAACACUUGGUCCGGGCCAAGGAGCAAAGGCGGCGCCGAGAGUUCAUGAUGCGCAGUCGGCUGGAGAGUCUCAAGGAGAGCCCGCAGAGCAGCGGCGAAGGCAAGAAGGAACUGAGCAUCAUCGAACUGAGCCACAAAAAGAUGAUGAAGAAAAGAAACAAGAAAAUUUUGGAUAACUGGAUGACAAUCCAAGAACUGAUGACCCAUGGGGCCAAAUCCCCAGAUGGCACUAGGGUCCACAAUGCCUUUCUGUCAGUGACCACCGUAUGACCGGACACACAGAGACUACUGGCUUAGAGAGCACGCUACCAAUUUCGGUAGAGUAUCAUUGCCUCGUUCAAUGUGGCAUUUUUAUAUAUAUUUUGUGACUUUACAGUUUAAAUUUUUUGUAAGCAAAAAUACCUGGUACUUUUUAAUUUGUUUUUCAUAUGCUGGUACCUUCUUUGGCUAAUAUCUUUCCUUAACUUGUGAUAUAUUCAUAGCACACAUUUAUAGAAAAAAAUAAAACAAUGAAAAAAACAAAAGGAAAGAAAAAAACGAACAAAAAUACUAAGGACGUAAUUAAUUUCCUAUUUUAAUGUAUCUAUUGUAAGUUUAAAAAAAAUCUGGAUUUAUUUCUCUAAUUUUCUUAUUUCCUAUUUUAAUAAUUCAGUGCCAAAACUCGGCUAUGCUUACCUCCUGGCAUAGUGUAUGCGAAAUCAAAUCUGCUACUAAACUACAUGCCGCAUCUUGUCUCAUACAUGAAGUAGCACCCCCUUGACAUUCUCCUGUACAUUAAACACAUAAGUGGCAACUGUCUUUGUCUCAGUAAAGUGUGGGUGGACAAUCUUCCCGUGAUAUGUAGUGACACUGUCAUGUAGCUAGAUAAUUGUGGUAAUUUGUGACAAAUAAAAAUAUAAAUAAAUUAUUGAUUAUCCUUAUGAAAAGUUAACCGAGGACUAUUAUUUUCUUUGCCCACUGUGGUUAACCUGUUUGGUUGUACGUGUACUAUUAGAAGGCUCUUAAUUGUGAAUUUUAAAUUGUGCAGUUUUUCUAUCACCUUUUUUUCCCCCAAUAAAGUUGUUUUGAAACACUACUUCUAGGUUGUUGUGUCACAUAUUCCGAAUCACAUAUUCUUACUGGGAACAAAUUAGAUAAUAAACGCAGUAUUUCAAUGAUGCUAAAUUACCUGUCAUGGGUCUCUAGCCUGCCUUUCACAGGUGAGACUCAGGAAGAAUGGAGAAGGAAUCUUAGUGAAGGGUCUCCUCUUGACACAUCAGCUUAACCUCUACAACUCACAUGCUCUAAGAGGCCUCGGCAAUGAGAAGUUAUCACUCACAGCUUCGGAGACUGCUAAAUCAUUCGAUUUUGGUAGGACACAAUCCAGUCUACAACACAGCAGGUUUAUUUGACUGAUCAUCUAAAAGUUGGGAAGCCAUGCAUCUUUGCAGUAAUUUUCAGCAUAUUCAAUUGAAUGCCUUAUACGUCUUUAUUAAAGGGUAUAUUGUUAACUGGCUAGGCAGAUUUUUAUUAAUCUAGCUUUUUGUUGCUUAAACAUUUAACCAUCUCAUGUGUCAACCCUAAUGCCUACAGAUUAGAAGACAUUGUUAACUAUGUAUGUAAAAUUUCAUUUAACCCAGCAUAUUGUCAUAAUGAGGACAUGCACCUAACUAUGUUGAAGCUCGUGUCCUUCAGUAGCUAUGUACAGAGCCUAUUAGCUCUCCUGUCUGUCUCAGGCCCCAGCCCUAUAUUCAAGUCUCCCUGUAGCUUGCCCAGGUCACCUAGCCUGCCAGUCCUCACUGAAGUUAGUACCUGUUACUUUUCUGAGAUUUUUGAAACAAAUUUUAUACCUUAUUAGAAUGAAACAACAGAGUUGUUUUUUUGGGGGGGUGAGGGGAAACUGUUGACAAAAACACAUUUUCUUAGCUCUUUACCAUGCACUUGGUAUACACAUUGUUUUUUCUUGGCAAUUUAUUCAUAAUUAAAUCAUAGGCAUUAUCUUCCUACAUAGAGUUUAGGUUCAUGAAGGGACAGUCUUGAAUCCCCCACUUUGUAAUUCCCUGGUUCAGUUCCCUUUGAAUAAUAAUAAUAAUGAGUACUAUUUACCCUAAAUUACUUUAUGAAUUUGCAUUUUCCUCUUAGAUUGCGUUGCUUUCAUUCCAUUCAGUGAUUAAGCACUCUAACCAAGAGAAGCUUGGGAGAUGCGAGGGUUUAUUUCAUCUUUCACUUCCAAGUCCCACCCCAUCAGUGAAGGAUGUCCACGCAGCAGCUUCUUUGCUACCUUGCUCUCUGGCUUACUCACUUGUUCAGCUAGCUUCCUUACACUUGGCCCUCCUACAUGAAUUAUCAUUAUCAGUCAAGACAAUCUGUCAAAGGCUAUGCCCACAGACCAACCAGAUAAAAAGAAUUACUCGUUUGAGAUUGUGUCAAGUUGGCAAGUGAUGCUAACUAGGACAACCCUAUAUAUUGGUCCUUUUGCUACAGUCCUCCUCCUCCUCCUCCUCCUUCUCCUCCUCCUUCCAUGAUCCCAUCUUUUUUUAAGGACUAUUACAUAUAGGAAAAUAAACUCAUUGUACUUGCCUAGAGUAAAAAGCUGGAUGCAAAUUUUGAAAUAGUGAUAAUAGUAUCAAAGUAUUGAAGAUUUUCAUGGUUCUUAGUUUUAGCCAUUGUAAAUGGACUUCCUAAACUACUCUGUGUGUACUCUUCCUUCCUCUCCUUCUUUCUUUCUUUCUUUCUUUCUUCCUUCCUUCCUUCUUUCCUUCCUUCCUUCCUUUCUGUCUUUUGUAGUGCUGAGAGCUUGUGCAUGAUAGGUAAGCAGCCUACCAAGCCAGUGCCCAGUUCUAGAGUUCAGUUUUGUCUUAAGGUUUCCUAUGUAAACACUUGACUAUCCUGAGUUCAAUUCUUUCCAAUUCAGACCUAUGACUGAUCCUUCUCCUCUCCUGUAUGCAUGAACCAACAUGUCCGUUUUCCAGAAGAAACACCUUCAAAUUUCUAAGAAUUUAAUAUUUUGCAAAUGACCCAUUUCAUUUUCCUCUUAUUAAAGUCAAGUAUGCUUAUCAGAUUUCUAAAACUGAUACAUUUUCACAUCUGUGUUUAUAUACUUUUAUGAGUUGACAUACUUCCCCCCAAAUUUGGUGAAAAUCUGAAAAGAGUCCUGCUCUAUGUGUAUGAUCAAGCUUUGUGAUAAGCUUGUUUUUAGUGUAUAAAUAAUAAAUUUGUUGUCCACUAAAUGUGUUCUUGAUAACAUGUGGGAUAUUUUAUUUCAGUUCAAAAGAAAUGCCUAGCUAUAAAGGCAGAAAUUUCUUACUUCAGCUUAUCUUGAAAUUGUUUUUGUUCUUGUCUUUCAUUUGUUUGUUUGUUUGUUUGUGUUAAUGUGACAGGAUCAGUAUUAGUAUCCUUACAACAGAGACCUAAGGGUGUAAAACAUAGUUUAGGCACAAAGGAUAUUUCUUCAUCAUGUUCCGGGAAGAAGGCUAAACUGUUGCUCUAUUGGUUUUCCACGCUGUCCUUUUAUGAACACCUGCUUUGCAUUCAACAUUAACUUUCGGUAGGUAGCUACAUCUUGACUUGAUCCAUGUACUGCUGUUUUAUUUUGUUUUGUUUUGUUUUACCUUUUGUGAGCACUGGCUCUCUGCCUCAUAUUCUUUGUUAAGGCAAUGCCAUUUACUUGUUCUCUUGCUGGCUUACCUGCUCAUUUAUAAAGCACUGUCAUUUCUUUUUCAAAAUGCAUAGAUUGCUUCCAGUGGUCUUAAGACUUCCAGAGACUAGAAUGUCAUUGUCCCCUGACUGGUUACUCAGGCCUGAGCUAGGGCUCCAGAUGCCUCCUCUCUAUCCUAUCCUGCCUGUGGCAGCAAGCUCUGCUCUCCUAAGCACCUCAGUGUACUUGGAUAUGUUUAAAACCUGAGUUCUUGAGACUCGUAUUUAAGGAAGUCUGUAUCGUUCCACCUGCUCUCCCACUACUCUCUAUGAAGUUUCCAAGUCAAGCUUUGAGAAGCCUAGGCCUUUGGUAAAUGUUUUUUUUGAUGGUCUCUUAAACUAACAGUCUUCAAAUUUUAAUGAAUAUGUAAUGAAAUGUUUGCUCUAUUGUUUUCUAGUAAUGAAUCCAUACAUUACUUCUGUGAAUGAUUAUCAAUGCAAUUAACUACAUAUAUGAUAAUUACUGAACAGCUAUUAUUUCUCAAUAAAGUCAAACAUUACAUCAGA